AUGGCGGAUGCAAAAUAUGCCACUUCCCAGACGGAUCCUGCUGCCACGCUGCGCCGUGAGACAUCGGAGGGCCUUCGGAGAGGCUCAGGGAGUAUGGACGGCGCGACUAUCGUGAAUCAACCGCGACUAGUAGCACCUGGGGAUGCGAAUUCGACGAAUGAUGGCUCCCUCUACGCGAACAGCCACCAGAAUGCGACCUCCGAGGGCCCGAAGGACGGCAGCGGCUCCUGGGCUCAACCGACCACCACAGGCGCGAGCCUCAGAACUCAGAUGUCACAGAUGUCACAGAUGUCGGCAUCCGGACGCCAGAAACAAUUGCCUAGCUCUUCAAUCUCUCGCUACGAUACACAGGACCAGUCGCCUAUUGACCCGUUAUCCCAGCAUAUCCUGAAGAGAACAAACACAGAGAGAUCGCUCUCCGCCAGGGUCAGGCCGCGGCACUCCUUCGAGAAUGAACCGCUAAACUCAGAUGGCCACUUGCCACGACUCUCCGAAGACGGCCCGUCUCCCGCAAGAGCUGACGCCAGCGUAGGACAGUCGCAGACUAAGGAUAAGAAGAAGGGAGUUUCGUUCCUAAGCCGAAUAAUUGGCGGGAAGAAAAAGGGAUCAGUCUCGGAGUCAAACGAUGAUAUAUCGGAGCUAGGUGAACAACGAACUACGGGUUUAGAUGGAGAAGUCUUUGCACACCCAAUAGGGUAUAUACCACGGUACCCGCCUCCGCCAAAAUAUAUCAAAGUACGGUCCAAGCACGCAAAGAAAAAGGCGUUCGAUCGGCUUUUUCUUGCUCAGGAGCUCAGGGGGGCUCCGGUAGAGGCUGAACUGGACUCAACCGAAGCUGAAACGCAUGCAAAGGGUAAUAAGGCGGUAUGGGCAGCAGAGUUCUCUAAAGAGGGUAGAUACCUGGCCGUUGCCGGGCAAGACAAGCGUGUCCGGGUAUGGGCGAUUAUUUCAAAAGCAGAGGACAGACAUGCUCAUGAAACGGAUGAAGAGGCAAGAAACGGCCAAGCGGCUGUAAGGCUAAGCGCACCAGUCUUUAAGACGCAUCCUAUCCGGUUGUAUGAAGGCCAUACUGCUAGUAUUGUUGACUUGAGUUGGAGUAAGAAUGACUUCCUUCUUACCACGUCUAUGGACAAAACUGUGCGCCUAUGGCAUGUUACGCGGGAUGAAUGCCUGUGCUGUUUCAAGCACGGCGAUUUCGUCACCUCCAUCGUAUUUCAUCCCCGUGACGACCGGUUUUUCCUUGCUGGCUCGUUAGAUUGCAAGCUCCGGCUAUGGAGCAUCCCCGACAAGGCCGUUGCAUACAGCGUGACCAUUCCAGACAUGAUCACAGCUGUAGCGUUCACCCCAGAUGGGAAAUAUGCACUGGCAGGCUGUUUAAACGGCCUCUGUGCUAUCUAUGAGACCGAUGGGCUAAAACCGUUGUCGCAGCUUUAUGUUCGGUCUGCUCGUGGAAAAAAUGCCAAAGGAAGCAAAAUCACUGGUAUAGAUACGAUCGUUCAACCUCCUACUAAUGAGAAUGGCGCCGUGAAACUGCUCAUUACCAGCAACGAUUCCCGGAUCCGCCUUUAUAACUUCAAAGAUAGGACGCUGGAAGCUAAGCUCCGUGGCAAUGAGAAUAUGUCCAGCCAGAUUCGCGCCAGCUUUAGCAGUGAUGGACGAUAUGCCAUCUGUGGGAGCGAGGAUGGCCGAGUUUAUAUAUGGCCCCUGGAUUCUACUGAGAGAUACCCGGACAAACGGCCUAUUGAAUUCUUUGAAGCUCACAACUCGAUUGUCACCACUGCUAUAAUGGCACCUAUCGCCAGCAAGCGGGUCUUGGGGACGACAGGUGAUCUAUUAUAUGACCUAUGUAACCCACCACCUGUUACCUUGGUCAGUGCCGCGGCGUCAGUUAUUUCAAGGGAUCAGGGACGAAACGAUGAGGAACCUGUACCACCACCUACACCACAAUCCCUCCACCCACCCGGCCAGCAGAAAGCAGAGGAGUCCCCAGCAUACAUUGCACGGUCUGCACACCCCGGCGGUAACAUCAUCGUAACGGCUGAUUACCACGGUAGAAUCAAGAUAUUCCGGCAAGACUGUGGCUACCACAAACGUCGACAUGAACUCUGGGAUACGAAUUCUACGUUCUCGAGGAAACUCCUAGGUCGUACGAACUCAGUAUCCACACGACACAGCGUAGCAUCCUCGAUCGGAAAGGAAUCGAAAUCCCCCUCGGAACGGAUCCUGUUGUGGCGCAACGCAGUGGUUGGUGGCUCUGAUAACCGCAGUGUCGACAACCUUCGUGGAACCCUCGAGUCUGCUGGCCGGAGCGGUUCCCCUUCCAAGCCACGAAAGGAGAAUGGCUCCGUGGAUAUACCCAAGUUUGCGACGCCAGCCUCGCCGGCCUCCCAACGAUCCGGUGGUGGAACCUCCUUGCUUCACCCUAACAGCAAACCUCCACCAUUGACCAAGUUCCUCAGCACUAUUCAAUCAGGAGGGGCAACCCCAUACAGUCCCGGCACUGACAACGACGAAACCCCGCGGCCUUCUGAGUAUAACGCGAAUGGUGCAGACCAGAGCUAUAUAUCAUGGAAUAAGGCCCAGGCAGACUCUCUGGCAAACACCAGUGGCCCCCCGCACUCUCUCUUUACGCCAGACGCCGGACACGCUAAGUACAGCAGCACGAAUGCUUUGGCUAGCAACGACAUUACCAGCGACGAAGAUGGCGAGUAUGAGGAAGAGCUGGGGUGCUCUAAAUGCCAUGGCACGAAUUUUAAAGCUGCCCGACUCAAAAUGGGGAGCAGAGGCUAA